UAUACAGAAUAACAGCGAAUCUGUUUUAAACCUACCCGAGUCGGCCGAGUCUACAGCUAUGACGUUUAAAAUGUCAAAUUUAUAACUUUGUCAAAACAAAACACCAUUUUUUAUUAUUAUUACUAUUGUUAUUAUAUUUUGUGCAAAUAUCAAACGAUGUGAAACUUAAAAUGUGUUUUGAACAAUGCAUAGAGUGUUUUGCUAGGUGGAAAUUAUGGAUAAGACCACUUUUUAUUACUUUAUACGCAUUAGCAGCUUUGGUUUUCGUCCCAUUGUUUUUAAUAAAAUCAUUAGAGGAUGGUUUUAAUAAACAUGAUCAAGAGAUUCUAAUAGGAGGUAUUUUUGUUUGGGUCGCAAUUCCGUUGUCUUUUUGGGAAAUUAUACAACAUAUUAUUCAUUAUGUACAACCAAAAUUGCAAAAACAUGUUAUUAGAAUAUUAUGGAUGGUUCCAAUUUAUGCUAUCAAUGCUUGGCUGGGUCUUAUUUACCCAAAACAAUCAGUAUAUGUAGAUAGUGUGAGAGAAUGCUAUGAAGCUUUUGUGAUUUACAAUUUUAUGAAAUUCCUCUUGAAUUAUUUAAAUAUGGAAAUGGAUCUUGAAGCAAGUUUAGAGCUAAAACCACAAGUCAAACACAUAUUUCCUUUAUGUUGUUUGCCAGAUUGGGAGAUGGGCAGAGAAUUUGUUCAUAUAUGCAAGCAUGGAAUAUUACAGUAUACUGUAGUAAGGCCUUUAACUACUGCUAUUUCUUUUAUUUGUAAAAACUUCGAUGUGUAUGGAGAUGGUCAAUUCAAAGGUAAUGUGGCUUUCCCUUAUUUGACGGCUGUCAAUAAUCUGUCUCAGUUCACGGCCAUGUACUGUUUGGUGAUGUUUUACAAGGCAAGUCUAGCGGAGUUGAGGCCUAUGAAACCACUGCCGAAAUUUUUGUGCAUCAAGGCUGUCGUAUUUUUCUCGUUUUUCCAAGGCGUACUUAUUCAACUAGCAGUUUACUUCAAUAUAUUCAAACCCGGUCCGGACACUCCAGACGAUGGUUUGAGCCUUUCGACCAGGCUUCAAAAUUUUCUGAUCUGCAUUGAAAUGUGCUUGGCUGCCAUUGCGCAUCAUUACAGCUUUUCGUAUGAGCAGUAUGUCACACCUGGAUCACCCAGUCACAAUCAGUCUUGUUGUUCUGCUUUUUUGGCCAUGUGGGAUAUAUCCGAUGUUCAUACUGAUAUUAGAGAACAUUUAGGAAUAGUCAGUAGUUCAAUAAGUAGGAGAAUAAGAGGCAGAUCCAUGUAUAGCAUUCCGAGAGGUGAUGAUGAAUAUUCUAAUCUAGUAUCACAGAGGGGGGCGCACAGCGUGCCAAAUCCAGGGUAUUACCAAAACGAUUGUGAUGAAUUAAUAGUGAAUUAUGGUACUGUCAAUAAUGCUAGUCAACCUGUUAAAGUGCAUAACAAUAAAAUUAAUGCUAAUACGUAAAUAAACAUUCUUGAGACGUUGGGUCAGAAAAUAAAUAUUUUCUAUAAGUAUUUUGAUUCAUUUAAAUUAUCGAUUUGAAAAAAAAGUAUAAUACUAUUUUAUGGUGUUAACUAGUACUUACAUCAUACGAAUAUAAAUCUGAUUACAAAUAUUAUAUAUAUUUUUUAAACAUUAUUUUGUUUUUUUAUACCUAUUAUUUGUAGGAAUUUAUUGACAAUCUACUUUUAAGUUUAGAAUCUCUUGAUACAUUCUUCGAUUGUAUUUUUUUUAUUGAAACAUAUCCAGGUCUCAUCGAUUAAGCUUUAAAUGUUUAAAAUGUCAUUUAUAUAUGUAUAAAAGGAUUAUACAGCUAUUUAUUUACGAAUUAUACGUCUGUUUAUAGGUAUAUUGAAGUUUAUUUUUAAAGUAUAUACUAAUUAAAGUGUAUGUUUGAAACUUUGGCGUUUUAUUUAAGUAAUCCCAGAUAGCACAAAUACGUCUUAUGGACGUUUUAAAAACGUCCCGCUUGGACAUUCAGGACAUCCUUAAAACGCCCAUUUCACGGACGUGGACGUCUUUGGAACGUCCAUUGUUAAUAAUCAGGAUGUCUUAAGAACGUCCAUUUAAGGACAUUCCAUGG